AUGGGCGUGGCCACCUCACCUAUGGGGGCGUGGUUUAACGGUUGCCGGGGGCAACAGAGGGCGGGACCAGCGCGGUGGGGCGUGGCCUCCUUGAGGCCGAGGACCCCCGAGCGGGGCCGGCCGUGCCGGGCGUGCCGCGAGCUCUGCCCCGGCUUCCAGGAGCACCCCUGGAGGAAGCUGUGCCAGCACUGCAAGUGCCCGCGGGGGGAGCACGUGGGGGGCGGGGUCCCCCCGGCCCUGCAGGGGGUCCUGGCCCGGCUGCUCCCCGACUCCCACCCCCCCCCCGGCUCCGAGGACUCGGGGUGCUCCCCCGAGGAGUUCGCCUGGACCCCCCCCGGCCUCAGCCCCGACCAGGUGUGUCAGUACUUCGCGCAGCUCCCGCCCGCGCUGGUGCCGCGCAUGCGCAGUGCCGGCGAGCGGCACCGGCUGCGGGAGCUGCUGCGGCAGCUGCCCCCGCACGACCUGGAGCCCGAGUUCUGCCACGACCUGGACGAGGCCGAGCGUCGGGAAAUGAAACUUUUCGCCCAGCGCCGAAAACGGGAAAAUUUGGGUCAGGGGAGCGUCCGGCCCCUCCCCCUCACCAGCGUCGGGGCCGUCUGCCAGCAGUGCGGGGGCGCGGUGCGCGGCGGGGCCCUGGCGGUGUUCGCGGCGCGGGCGGGGCUGGGGCUGUGCUGGCACCCGCGCUGCUUCCGCUGCCAGCGCUGCCAGCAGCCCCUGGUGGACCUGGUCUACUUCUGCCCCGGGGGCGCCGGGGGGCGGCUGCUCUGCGGCAGGGACCACGGCGAGAGCGUGCGGCACCGCUGCCCCGCCUGCGACGAGCUGAUUUUCGGGGGGCGCUGGGCCGAGGCCGGGGGGCGCCGCUGGCACCUGCGCCACCUGCGCUGCCUCGAGUGCGAGGGGCCCCUGGAGCCGCGCCAGCUGCCCGGGCCGGGGGCGCCGCCCCUGUGCCCCCCCUGCCGCGCCCGCCGCGCCCACCUGUGCGACACCUGCGGGGACCCCAUCGAGCUGCAGUGCCCGCACGUGUCCCACAGGGGGCAGCACUGGCACGCCGUGCCCGGCUGUUUCCGGUGCGCCGCCUGCGCGCGCCCCCUGCUGGGCGCGCCGUUCCUGCCGCGGGGCGGCCGCAUCUUCUGCUCGCCCCGCUGCGCCCCCGACAGCCCGCGCUGCGCCCCCCGGCGGCGGGGCCGGGCAGCGACCGCCCCGCCCGGGACUCCCCCCGUGCUGUGCCCGCUGACCUUUGACCUUUUAAUAAAGGCCCGCAGCCCCCGUUCGGGCCCCGGUGUCGUUGGCGCUACGGUGGCGGGUGGGGGGCGCGGGGCGGGAGCAGCGGGAGGGGCCCUGAGCCCGUUCCGGCCCCCGGGGCCGCCAUUUUGAACCGGG